AUGAUCCAGAGCUUUUUGCUAAAAAUCUUUAUCGCUUUGCUUAUCAAUUUUAAAACUUGGGCUGAAAAUAUUUAUUGUACAUAUUAUCGAAGUACAAAUGAGAUUACAUGUGGUACAGUCACAUGUCAAACGCAUGUUCCAUUUUUGCAUGACUUAGAAGAAGAAGGAUUGGAUACGAAAUUACCACUUGGUUGGUAUCGUAUUGGUACGCUGCAAAUUCGACAUGAUACAUCAUGGUUUAAUUUAUAUCGAAGACGUGCUUCCGGUUCAGGAUAUUGGGAUUUCUAUACGAUGAUUCCAGAACGAAAUUGUAUUGGAAGUUUUGGUCUUCAUGCAGGUGAGAAUUUGCCUGGUUCGGUGACAUUAAAAGAUAAACGCUGUUUUGAUCGAUUGAUUCGGCAAAUUGAACGCAAAACGACAAGUGAAAAAUUUGAUGUUUACCAGUGUAGAAAAUGUAUAUUCAAUAGCUGUUGGUUAGGUACUCGUCUAUUACCUGCCUAUCGUGAAUAUCUGACUAGUCUAAGGUCUAUUUAA